UGUCAUCGUGUUGCAGAGGCAGUGAGACAGGGUGAGUAAUGCCAGCUUUAUCACCUAAUGUAAGACAAGUCGUAGCAAAGAUGAAGGCGGACUCCGAUUCUCUCUGAUUGUUGCAUCCAGGUUUCAUUCAGUAAAAUCUGCCCAUUGUCAACAUGGCAAAGCAGUGGAUUGCAUUGCCCACUUCUAAUAUGGCGGCGCUUAGCCCGGUUAGAUCAUUGACUGUUAUUUUUUUAAUUGUCAGCGGAUGCCUGAUAAGCUGUUUAAACGGAAAAGAAGUAGCCGAGGAGACGGUCAUCAUUGGUCUCAGACUUGAAGAUACUGACGAAGUAUCCUUCAUGGAUAAAGGCUAUUUGCGUGUCAGCGAGCGAUCUCGUGUCAAGUUGAGGGUCUAUGGACAAAACAUUAACAACGAGACGUGGUCCAAGAUUGCCUUCACAGAGCACGAGCGAACAAGUGUGUCUGACGACGCCGACAGCCCGCUGGCGGUCAACCAUAACCAACUGGACACGUCUGUCUUUCAUCCUUGUGGCAUUCGAUCGUCUGAUAUCACAAUUUUUCCCAGUGUUGAAGUGAAUAGAAAGACGUCUGGGAUCAUCGAGAUAGACGUGAAACCCUUGCGGAAAACGGAGAAGAGCAAAGUAUAUUACAUGUGCAUUGCCAUAGCAACACCUGCUGUUGUUGGUGCACAUGACGCAAGGUCCGAAAGUACCUGGAUCUAUCACGAUGGGCAUGACACAAAAGUGCUUGUUGUGGAGGAGAAAAAGUUCCUGUUACCUUUUUGGUUGCAGGUGAUAUUUAUUGCCAUGCUCUUGUGUUUGUCAGGCAUGUUUAGUGGGUUGAAUUUAGGGCUGAUGGCACUUGAUCCAAUGGAACUCAGGAUAGUUCAAAACUGUGGAACUGAGAAAGAAAAAAAUUAUGCAAAGAAGAUUGAGCCAGUCCGUAGUCAAGGAAAUUAUCUCCUCUGCUCUCUGCUUUUGGGAAAUGUUCUUGUCAAUACCACAUUGACAAUUUUGCUGGAUGACAUAGCAGGAUCUGGUUUGAUUGCAGUUGUGGUGUCUACCAUUGGAAUUGUAAUAUUUGGUGAAAUUGUACCACAAGCAAUUUGUUCAAGGCACGGACUCGCUGUUGGCGCAAAUACUAUAUUCUUAACUAAGUUUUUCAUGAUCCUUACUUUCCCUGCAUCCUAUCCUGUCAGUAAACUUUUAGACCAUGUAUUGGGACAGGAGAUAGGGACGGUGUACAAUCGAGAGAAGCUCCUUGAGAUGCUUAGAGUUACAGACCCAUAUAAUGACUUGGUCAAAGAGGAGCUCAACAUCAUCCAGGGUGCUCUAGAACUAAGGACUAAAACUGUAGAGGAUGUCAUGACACCUUUACGUGACUGCUUCAUGAUUACUGCUGAUGCAGUCCUUGAUUUCAGCACCAUGUCCGAGAUCAUGGAGAGUGGUUACACACGCAUACCAGUAUUUGAAGGAGAGAGGUGUAACAUUGUGGACCUGCUCUUUGUUAAAGACCUGGCCUUUGUGGAUCCAGAUGACUGUACUCCAUUGAAAACCAUCACAAAGUUCUACAGCCAUCCUCUGCAUUUUGUCUUCAAUGAUACUAAGUUGGAUGCGAUGCUAGAGGAGUUCAAGAAAGGUAAAUCCCACUUGGCUAUUGUCCAGAGGGUGAACAAUGAAGGAGAAGGAGACCCUUUCUAUGAAGUUUUGGGCAUUGUCACAUUAGAGGAUGUCAUUGAGGAGAUCAUUAAGUCUGAGAUUCUGGAUGAGACUGAUUUGUACACUGACAAUAAGACAAAAAAGAAGAUAGCUCAUCGGGAGAGAAAGCAGGAUUUCUCAGCUUUCAAGCCAACAGACAGUGAGCUUGGAGUCAAAAUAUCACCCCAGCUCCUGCUGGCUACCCUGCGUUUCCUAGCAACUGAGGUUGAGCCGUUUGGUCCAGCUCAGAUGUCUGAGAAAAUCCUCCUGCGUUUGCUCAAGCAUCCAAAUGUUGUCCAGGAGCUCAAGUAUGAUGACAAGAAUAAGAAAACUUUAGAGCACUAUCUCUUUCAUCGCAACAAGCCCGUGGAUUACUUCAUUCUCAUUUUACAGGGGAAGGUGGAGGUUGAGGCUGGCAAGGAGGGAAUGAAGUUUAAAGCAGGGCCAUUUUCCUAUUAUGGAAUAAUGGCCUUAACAUCAUCACCAGUUCCACUCUCUCUGUCAAGAACAUUUGCUGUGAGCAGGGCAGAAUCACUUGCAGGCUCUCCAGAGAAUAAGUCACCUCCAAGACCUUUUGGACUCAACCACUCGGACUCUGUGAACCGUAAUGACCGCAUGGAAGCUCUCACUCCCACACUGGGCAGUAGCAACAACCAGCUCAAUGCCUUCCUGCAGAUCUAUGUGCCAGACUACUCGGUUCGAGCAGCUACUGACUUGCUCUACAUUAAGGUGACCCGGCAGCAGUAUCAGAACGCUCUCAUGGCAUCUCGCAUGGACAAGACGCCUCAGUCUUCUGACAGCGAGUUCACCAAGAUCGAGCUGACGCUGACGGAGCUACCGGAUGGGGGGGGGGGCCAGUCAGCCUCGUUGCUCCUGCAGCAACAGCAGAACUCGACAGGGGCGUACAAGCUGAACCACAGUGCACACUGCGAUGGCACUGUGUAAAGGCCACUCCACGCGAGGUGAGCCACCACUAGUCUAGGAGUUGUUUCUGAGUGGGAAGCUUUCAUGGGGCAGCUUCUUUGGGUUCAAUUGAAUCCUCUGAUUUUCUACACUUUUAAUAGACUUUACAGUGAAUAAGAGGGCACGAGGGAAAUCUACCCACCACACAAUGGGAUGUGCAAAUUUUGUGGUAGUGGAUGAACUAGAAACCAUAAGCCUCACUUUCCUGACUCAUUCGCUCAUGCUGUAAUCAUACUGCACUUGCAUCAAACAACAGAGAAACAACAGAGCCUCAAGAUGUCACUGACUCAUAUUUCAGCAGAAUGACUCUUCCUGCCACAUCACAUUUUCUCACCAUGGGAAUGCAAGGACUUCUCAUUACAAGAGAUGGUCACAGAGCUGACAUGAAAUUGCCACAGUGCUAUAAUGCUGUGUAUAUUCCAGCUUUGACAGUGAUGGAUAUCAUACAAGGAUAAGCAGUCCAGUUUGUCAUUAAUCAUUUUUCUUACCUCAGAAUUGUUCUUUUGGUUAGAACAAAACUGUAAGUGCUCUGGAUUAUGUGUAAGAAAGGUAGGCAUGGCAGCCAGGAUUAAUUGUAUUUUAUAACAUGAUACUUGAUGGGGUAAUUUUUAAACCUAUAAUAGAGGAAACAGCAGUCUAAAUAAUUAUACAGUAUUGACAAAGAAAGAUAACAGCUUUUGGGAAAUUAUUUCAUUGUUUAACCUUUUUUAUUUUAAAAAAUGUCUUUGUAGGCUUUCUAUGGUAUUCUGACCUAUAAAUCAGGGAGAUUGAUCACAAUGUUUCUGGGUAACCAUGCCCAAAAGGAGAAGGAGCUCAAAUAACUCCUUUUCAGAGUACUCUUUUAUGCUGGGUAGGCAGGGCAUUUGAAUGCACGGGUUGGCAGGUUUAAAUGCAGGUGGGUACCCACAGAAUCAAGUGUCUUCAUAUCUGUUACGAACCCCUAUGCAGUUUCUACAUUUAGAUAGCAGUCAGCCUUUGACAGGAGGCUGUUCGGUCUUCUGUAAGACUAGAACCGAAGAGCCCCUUGACCAAAGACAGAAGAAAAGAUGUAGUAUUACAACAUGAUCAACAAUCCAGUGUUAAAGAUGUGGGUGCUGUAUUCAUUUGGGGAUGAUAAUAUCAAGCUCAUAAAACUGAAGUCAUAAAACUUCAGUUCGUCAAUAGCAACAAAUGUUAAAUUUAUGAAAGCAUAUCUUCUCUCAUGUUUGCCUGCGUAAAGGCUGCAUGUGUCUUACACAUAUACAGAUGUACUAUGUAAAAUAUUUGCAGUACAAAGACAUUCAGUAUGUUUACAUGUGAGGACCAUUUUCAUGUAGUUUUUUAACUUCUGAAAACAGGUACAAUGUCACAUUUUACAGUGAUCUCAUACCGUAACAAUAAGCUUUUGAUUUUACCACAUGUUAAAAAUGUUUAAAACAUUGUGAACUCAUUUUCAGUUAAAAUUAUUUUGAAAGGUUUUGUUUAACUUCCAAUUUAAAAGAAACAUUUUGACAGCUUCAGAAUUACUUAAAUAUAACAACCACUUAAUGAUUAAUCACUUUGACAGUGAUGCAUAUCAUGUAACUUGUGACAUUCAUACUUCGUCACAUUUUAACAUACUAAAAUCUAAUUAUAUAGUACCUGCUGGAUUUCAUAUGGAAAAAGGUACUUGUAGCAUUUCCUUAGUUUGAAGAAAAAUAUCAGUUAUAUCUAUUUUUGUGUAUACAUAAUUUGGAAAAUAUUUUGAAGGUCUGUUUUUUUUCCAUGGUAUUUAGUUUGGUAUUUCAUUAUAUUGUAAUUAACACUUAAAAUAUUCAAGGGCUUGUGUUCAAAAAAUACUUUAUACAUAUAUGGAAUACAACUGGGGUCUCGGUCUGAAGUAUAUAUGUAGCAACCUGCCAGUGCAAUAGUGUAUCUGUUAUGCAGGGACAAUCAGGAACAUAAAUAACUCUCAUACUGUCAAGUGCUCUUGGUAACAGGAAACAGAAUUUCAAUAGAUCGAUAAAGAGUAAAGUUUAGAGGUGUUACAGAUUAGAUCCAUUAGAGUAGGAAAAGUAUAUGAUGGGACUUUGUGGUAAAAUAUUUUUUUUUACUGAUAAAAUAUUGAAUCUUUAACCCAUGGGGGAUCCACAUAUGAUAAACAUUAACAGAGUGAGCAUUCCUGUUACAAAGCUUAGUGUAAUGUAUUCCAAACUACAUAUUCAACUGUACUCCAUAGUGUAGGAGAGGUUUUCUCAGAGAUGUUCUACAGAUUAUAUAAUCGUUAUGGCCUGCCUUAGACAGAACAGAGGACAUUUCUUCAGAAACGUGGUGCUCAAAGAUAUGGUUUAAGUCCAUCAUAUAUUGCUGCUAUUCAGAAUCCUGAAUGUCUAUAGAAAUACUGUAAAGGCACUGAGAAUAGAGCAUUGUAUUGUACAUACAAACUAUCAACAAGAAAAUACUAUAGCGUCUGUGUGUAAAAUAUUUUAUAUAUAUAGUUGCUGUUAUAAAAUAAUUGUUUUGACAUCUGCUUGCAACUUUUAUUCAAAAAAUAUAUCAGACUUAUGUUUUACACUAUAAAGAAAAUGGGGGGGGGGAGCCAAAAAUAACAAAACAGGGGACUCUUUGUAAUAUGCAACAGAACUGUGUAUUCUUACAUUCCAAAAUCAUUCAGAGCGGUAACAAACAGCAACAGCUCAAAAUUAAGGCUGGAAAUGGGUCAGAUAAUACCUGGCUUUGUAUGGCAAUGCCCCAAGGUCCCAGGUUACCAAGAUUCCCAAAAGACUAGGUUUAUUGUGUUAGAUUUACAGCAUCUAGAUAAUUAUGUUUAGAACAGAUAAAAACAUUGGCAAAGGUCAAGUGUGAAAAAUAUGUAGUAUGAAUUUUACAUUUUGGGGAAUCAAAGGUACUGUUUAGUUGCAAUGCCACAAGGUGGUGAUGCAGCACCCACUAUUCUCUCCAUAAGACUAUCUAUUAGCCAAAUGCACAAUUCACAUGCUGUUUAAAAUUGGACAUUACACAGCAUUAUAUGACACAAAGCAAUGCUCAGAUGACUUAGGAGGGAAAUUGGCUUUAUUUCUACAGUAACAUUACAUAUUAGAAAUAUGUUACCCAUAAUCCAUCCUUUUUUCUCAGUUUCUUAUGGAAAAAUAAAGCUAGUGAAAAUCUAACAUGCAUGCAAACAUUUGACUGAACAGCAAAAAAAGGAAACUAAACAAGUGAUCCACAAUUACAGGUCACCACCUAAUCUUCAGUCAUUUAAAUGUGUUCAGACUGUGAGCCUCGUCUCUUGUGACUCAAGCAUAUUACAAGUGAGGAAAAAGGCAAAUGAGCAGAUCUAUACUGAACCAACAUGAUUACAACUGAAUGCACCGUCACUGUUUAACUACAGCUGCAUCUGCAAGAAUUGUUCAGUAUCCUCUUACAGAAUCUCAUACAUGCUUUAAAAUUUGUGGGCAAUAAAGUGAAGCAGUUUAGGUGAUUGCACUCACUAUGUGUAAUCUGACACUGGGAAAUUACAUAUCAAAAUUCAUGUUCUGCCUUCCCCCAAAAAGGGAAGACUGCGCCUAUAGUGAUUCAUAGGUGAUAUCAUUGGUUGGAAAUCAAGGCUAAAUCACUAUGAUGAAAUGAGGCUGUACUUAGGACACAUCUGAUAACACUGGGUUUUUUUUGUGCAGGCACAAAAAACAACAGAAAGUCAGUCUCACCGAUAGCACAAUGAUCAA